AUAAACCCUAUCAAACUCUUUCUUCUCUGUGUCUCAAUUCUCUCCAAAUCUUCCUUCGCUCUUCUCGUUUCAAAGGUAAUCAGAAUUAUCAAAAAUGGGAAGCCAACAAGCAGCAGUUUCGUUCCUUUCCAAUUUAGCGAAGGCGGCGUUCGGUCUGGGAACGGCGGCGACGGUGCUGAAUUCGUCGCUUUUCACCGUGGACGGCGGAGAGAGAGCGGUGCUCUUCGAUCGAUUCAGGGGAGUUAUGGAUCAGACGGUCGGCGAAGGGACUCAUUUCCUGAUCCCGUUUCUCCAGAAGCCUCACAUCUUUGACAUUCGCACGAAGCCUCACACAUUCUCUUCAAUCUCCGGUACGAAGGAUCUCCAGAUGGUUAAUCUCACCCUACGUGUUCUCUCUCGCCCUGAGGUUCUGCGUCUGCCAUACAUUUUCCAAACAUUGGGUCUAGAGUAUGACGAGAAGGUUCUUCCUUCGAUCGGAAACGAGGUCUUAAAAGCAGUGGUUGCACAGUUCAACGCAGACCAACUCCUCACAGAGCGUCCUCACGUCUCAGCGCUUGUUCGUGACUCGCUAAUCAAACGUGCCAAAGACUUCAACAUUGUGCUCGACGAUGUCGCCAUCACGCACUUGUCUUACGGUGUUGAGUUCUCGAGGGCCGUUGAGCAGAAACAAGUGGCUCAGCAAGAGGCAGAGAGAUCAAAGUUUGUGGUGAUGAAGGCUGAUCAGGAGAGGAGAGCAGCGGUUAUAAGAGCUGAAGGUGAGAGCGACGCUGCUCUGUUGAUCUCUGAUGCUACGGCUAAGGCAGGUAUGGGACUUAUCGAGCUUAGGAGGAUCGAGGCUUCCAGGGAGAUUGCAGCUACACUUGCUAGGUCUCCUAAUGUGGCUUACUUGCCCGGUGGCCAGAGCAUGCUCUUUUCUCUCAACCGUUAGAUCUUGAUUCAGAUAUAAGGUUGUGGGAACAUCUACGAUAUUUGAGUGAUCAAAUUGUGAAUCUGGAUGGAAUAAAAAAAAAAGGUAAAAGUGGUCUUUUUAUCUUUGUGAUGAACGCUGAAGAAGCUGACUAUUGGCAAAAUUGCUCAUUGAAUUAUAUUACCUUGUUUGAAAUAUCUAAUUUUCAACAAAUAAAUCUGUUUUUGCUAUGAUUAAAUUUGUAAAAAUCAUAGUUUAUACAAAUAAUACUAAGUAAAUAUUUUUAGCAUGUUCGUGUAAAAUGGCUAUGAUAUUACUACAUGUAUAUCGACCGAGGACCUAUCCCAUAAAAUAAA